UAGGUGUCCGGAUCUGCAGGGUGGCAGCUGAAGGACCCCGCGUCAGUGCUCGCCGCCGGUCUGUCCGUCAGAAUCCGCGUCUCUCCGCGCGAGCUCGGCGGGUCUCACGCGUCACCGAUCGCACCGUGAGCGGCGGAAGCUCCGUUUAUUCGAAGAUGAGCGCGCCGGAGUCUCUGGAUCGCGUGGAGCUGUGUGGAAGUCUCCUGACGUGGAUCCAGACGUUCGCUGUGGACGCGCCGUGUUCAGUGGUGGACGAGCUGACCAGUGGAGUGGCCAUGGCACAAGUCCUGCAGAAAAUAGAUGGCAUGUAUUUCACUGACGCUUGGAUCAGUCGUAUCAAACCUGAUGUUGGAGACAACUGGAGGUUAAAGAUCAGCAAUUUAAAGAAGAUAUUGAAAGGUAUUCUGGAUUACAACCAUGAGGUGUUGGGGCAGCAGAUCAAUGACUUCACUCUUCCAGACGUCUGUCUCAUCGCAGAGCAUUCAGAUUCAGCUGAACUGGGCCGAAUGUUGCAGCUCAUCCUGGGCUGCGCUAUUAACUGUGAACAGAAGCAGGAAUAUAUCCAGACCAUCAUGAUGAUGGAGGAGUCUGUGCAGCACGUGGUCAUGACGGCCAUCCAGGAGCUGAUGAGUAAAGAGACGCCGGUGUCCUCAGGAAGCGACUCGUACGUCGAGCUGGACCGUCAGCUGAAGAAGACGGUGGAGGAGCUGAACGACGCUUUGGCCACUAAAGAGGAGAUCGCUCAGAGGUGUCACGAGCUGGACAUGCAGGUGGCGGCGCUCCAGGAGGAGAAGAGCAGUCUUCUGGCUGAGAACCAGGUUCUGAUGGAGCGGCUCAACCAGUCGGACUCCAUCGAGGAUCUGAACAGUCCGGCGGGACGCAGACACCUGCAGCUUCAGGCGCAGCUGGAGCAGCUGCAGGAGGAGACCUUCAGAUUGGAGGCGGCUAAAGACGAUUACCGCAUCCGCUGCGAGGAGCUGGAGAAGGAGCUGAUGGAGGUCAGAGGUCAGAAUGAGGAGCUGACCUCUCUGGCCGAGGAGGCGCAGUCGCUCAAAGACGAGAUGGACGUGCUGAGGCACUCGUCUGAUAAGGUGUCGAAGCUGGAGGCGCAGGUGGAGGCGUAUAAGAAGAAGCUGGAGGAUCUGGGUGAUCUGAGGCGGCAGGUGAAGCUGCUGGAGGAAAAGAACACCAGCUACAUGCAGAACACGGUGACGCUGGAGGAAGAUCUGCGCAAGGCCAACGCUGCUCGAGGACAGCUGGAGACCUACAAGAGACAGGUGGUGGAGCUUCAGAACAAGCUCUCGGAGGAGUCCAAGAAAGCCGACAAGAUGGAGUUUGAGUAUAAACGAGUCAAGGAGAAAGUCGACUCUCUUCAGAAGGAGAAAGAUCGCUUGAGGACGGAGCGAGACUCUCUGAAGGAGACGAUUGAGGAGCUGAGGUGUGUUAAAGCUCAAGAGUCUCAGCUGACAUCAGGUCUGGUGCCGCUCGGCAGUAACGAGCCGUCUGAUCUGCUGUCUGCAGAGAUCGUCACACCAGAGUUUCGAGAGCGUUUGAUUCGCCUGCAGCAUGAGAACAAGAUGCUGAAAUUGGCUCAGGAGGGAUCAGAUAACGAACAGAUCGCUCUGCUGCAGAGUUUACUGGAGGACGCCAACAGCAGGAAGAACGAGCUGGAGACGGAGAACAGGCUGGUGAAUCAGAGGCUGCUGGAGGGUCAGUCUCAGGUGGAGGAGCUGCAGAAGUCUCUUCAGGAACAUGGAUCCAAAGCAGAAGAUGAUCUCCCUCAGAAGUGCACACUGUGUAGGGCGGGUGUGUUCUGCUGGUGUCCAGCAGGAGGCGCUGCUGUGCUUCACAUGAGCAUUAAUGAGUGUGUUUGCUGGAUGAACUUUAACAUCUCACCUUCCUCAUCAACAGCAAACUCGCUCUGUAGGGAGAAAUUAAUGGACACCACUAACGAGCUUCAGAAGAAGAGCGCAGCCAUCGAAGAGCUGGAGAACAAACACUCUUCCAGCGUUCAGAGGAUUGAAGAGCUGGAGGAUGCGCUGAAGAAGAAGGAUGAAGAUAUGAAACAGAUGGAGGAGAGAUACAAGAAAUACCUGGAGAAAGCUAAGAGUGUCAUUCGUACUCUGGACCCCAAACAGAAUCAGGGUUCUGCUCCUGAGGUUCAGGCUCUGAAGACACAGGUGCAUGAGCGCGAGAGGAUGCUGAUGUCACUCCAGAAGGAGUAUGACAAGGUGUCGUCUCAGAAAGACCAGGAGGAGAAGCUCAUCGUGUCUGCUUGGUACAACAUGGGGAUGGCGCUGCAGAAGAAGGCGACUGAGGACCGUCUGGCCAUCCCGGGUUCGGCUCAGUCCUUCCUGGCGCGUCAGAGACAUGCCACCAUCACCCGCCGGGUGCAUCAGGGCCAGCCCACUGGAGCCUGGUAGAACGUCGCCACGGCAACCCUCACCACAGCCAAUCAGGACUCCACCUGAACACCCCCCCCCGACCCAACCUCACUGUCUUAAUCUUCUCCUCCACCAAUCAGGGUAACCGGACACGCCCACUUCAAUCAAAUCAGCAUGAACACACUCCACACCGAUGAGACGUUUGUUCCUGUCAGACGCUUUUUAAAGGAGGCUUUAAGGGUGGUUCCUGACGCACAGUGUUUUAUUUGCUCUUAAUUUACUCUGUUCUCUUUAUUCUCCAUUGACAUCUAUGCAUUGACAGAGAGAAGUGUUCGUCAUGUUUAUUUUAAAUGUCGUUACUUCGGUGCUUGUUGUUUGUUUUGAUUCAUUCCCGAUGCCUUUAACACAGCCUCUCUGCUGCUGAUCCCUGUCUGAGCCGUGUGUGGGCCGUCCGGUCCGGAUCAAACACCUCAGCGCAGACUCAGGGGUUCAGAUCAGCUGAACUCGACCUGCUCCUCACGGUACAGCAGGAGCGGCAACCCACACACUUCCUGUGUGACUGACGCCUGUCAAUCUCUCUCUUUCACAGUGACGUCAGAGCAUGACAUCGGGGGCGGGGCUGAAUGAUUCAGGGGCGGGGCUGAAUGACAUCGGGGCGCGGGGCUGAAUGACAUCAGGGGCGGGGCUGAAUGAUUGUGUGUGAUGUGAGCUCAUGCUGCUGAGUUUAACCCAUCGCUGCACACUAACUAACCCAGAAUGCUAACCGCUUUCCUUCCGAUCAGAAGUGGGCGGGGCCGGCACGCGUCAAUCAUUCUGUGACUGUUACGCUUUAUAGAUGAACUCCUACACUUUCCUCAUGUUUUUAUUUGAGUCUCAUCGGUCGUUGUGGAGUGUGUGAGUAUUUCCUGUAGUUUCUGAACAAACGAGCGUCUUCAUGCUCAUCAUACCUUCUUCAUCAGCAUUUUAACAGAUUCUUCCUUCAGCGUCUGGAUGCUGGGCGUGUUUCGGUAGAGUCAGCGUGAGAAUGACAGAGGAUGCUCUGCUAGGUGUUUUAUACUAAAUCAGUAAGUGCUUUCCAUGAUGAUGAUGAUGAUGAAUCUGACAUAAUGUUACAAACGAUAUUCUGCUUUUCUUCAUCAGCUGUUACUAAAUAUUCCUGUAAUAAUGCACAAUGAUUGCCGGACGAGCAGUCAGCAGUGUUCUUGUGUGGUUUAUAACAGGCGAUUGAAUGAGUUUCUCAUGUGUGGACUGAGUUCAGAGGUCAAACACAACCGUCCGUGAGCAGUGAUGUGUACGAUUGCUUGUAUACAGUGUGUACGUACUGUAUGUGUGCGGCUGGAGGAACCGUUUAGAUGCGUCUCAUAAUGUGUCUCCGUUCACUCUGUUGAUGAAUCUGUGCUUCCAACGCUGCAAACCUGUACAGUUGUCAUUCAAGUUGUAAAUAAAGCUUGUAUAAAACA